AUGACCACACUUGCACAGCGUAUGAGACAAGCAGCGGAUUUUAUCAACCGUGCUCGUGGAGAGGAGACUCCAGAUGGCAGUCCUCUUGUGGCAGCUCGUAAUUAUAUUACCGCAAUGGAGAUUAUCGCUACUGUUGGUGAUGAAGUUCCCAUUGAUAAUGUUGAGAGCCGUCGUUUUUUCUUAUACCAACUAAGACAACGAAUGGAAAUGUAUUACGAGCGUGCCAGGUUGUUGCUUGAUGUAGCGGAAGAAAGCGGUCUAAUCGAUAAGCCAGCGGCAGAGGGUGGAUUGCAGGCAGCGUUGCAGUUAUUAGGUAGUGGAACUGCAUCCCACUCGUCACCAUCACUGCAAAGCCCACCCGAACUCUUCAACAACAACAACAAUAACAACGGCGGGGGAGGUGGCGACUUAAAUAUGGUGGGUGACAAUUCAAAGGGCAUGGUGAUGGGUAUUCCCCUUGACAGCUCCGCCACACACGAAGAGCCACCAGUGCAGUAUUACUUUUCACAGCCACCACAAAUCCCAACUGUAGUAUCACCUCAAGUGCAGGGCACAGAUUCUAUUGACGCACUUCUGGAUCAGUUCACAUUUAGUGAUGAGAAGAAAAAGUGA